AUGCUGCUAGAUGGAGGAGCCGAUGUGAACGCCGAAGGUGGAUCUUACGGAAAUACCCUCCAGGCUGCUUGUGGUGGAGGACACGGUAUGAUCGCACUGAUGCUGCUAGAGCGAGGAGCCGAUGUCAACACCCAGAGUGGAUCUUACGGAAAUGCCCUCUACGCUACUUGUGCCAGAGGACACGGUAUGAUCGCACUGAUGCUGCUAGAGCGAGGAGCCGAUGUCAACGCCCGGGGUGGACCCCACGGAAACGCUCUCCACAUUGCUUGCUCUGAAGGACACGACAGGAUUGCACAGAUGCUGCUAGAGCGAGGAGCCGAUGUCAACGCCCAGGGUGGACCGUACGGAGACGCUCUGUACAUUGCUUGCUCUGAAGGACACGAUAAAAUUGCACAGAUGCUACUAGAGCGAGGAGCUGAUGUCGACGCCCAGGGUGGACCCCACGAAACUGCUCUCCACAUUGCUUGCUCUGAAGGACACGACAGGAUUGCACAGAUGCUGCUAGAGCGAGGAGCUGAUGUCAACGCCCAGGGUGGACACCACGGAAACGCUCUCCACAUUGCUUGCUCGGAAGGACACGACAGGAUUGCACAGAUGCUACUAGAGCGAAGAGCUGAUGUCGACGCUCAGGGUGGACUAUACGGAAACGCUCUGCACAUUGCUUGUUCUAAAGGACACAAAAAUAUCGCACAGAUUCUGAUAGAGCGAGGAGCCGUUGUCAACGCCCAGCGUAGACUUCACGGAAAUGCCCUCCAGGCUGCUUGUCUGAGAGGAUACUACCAUAUUGUGCAAAUUCUCCAGGGACAGUAUUCUCCUGAUCAAUCGACCUCCCAUCCUUCCCCUUCCAAGAGGCUUAAGGUGUCACCAGGAUUCCACAUUACCGAGUUCAACUAA